CCCGCGGGGUCCUCGGGCCGGCACCGGGAGCGGGACGGGGGCGGCCAUGUUGGGCCGGGGGGCGGCGGGGGGCUGCGGCCUGGUGCUGCGGGCGGCCAGCCGGGCCCUGAGCCUCAGCCACGGCCGGGGCACCGUGGUGGUGGAGCGGUGGUGGAAGGUCCCGCUCAGCAAAGAGGGGCGGCAGCCGCGCCUGCACCCCCGCCGGCACCGUGUCUACCGGCUGCUGGAGGACACCAAGCACCUGCCCAAGACGGACCUGGAGCUGAUCCUCACCCAGUCGGUGGACAAUUUGGGGAACCGGGGGGACUUGGUCAGCGUGAAGAAAUCCCUGGGUCGUAACAAGCUCCUGCCACAGGGGUUGGCUGUCUACGCCUCGCCGGAGAACAAGAAGAUGUUUGAGGAGGAGAAGAAGCUGCGCCAAGAGGGGAAACUGGAGGUGAUGCAGACCUGGAGCGGGGAGAGGACCAUCAAGUUCCUCAAGGGCUGCCGCCUCGAGGUGGGCAUGAAAAACAACAUCAAGUGGGAGCUGAACAACGAAAUCGUGGCUCGUCACUUCUUCAAAAACCUGCGGGUCUUCGUGCCCCCCCACGCGCUGAAGCUGCCCGCCGAGCCCAUCACCAGGUGGGGCGAGUACUGGUGCGACGUGACGGUGAACGGGCUGGAGACCGUCCGGGUGCCCAUGGACGUGGUGAACUUCCUGCGCCCCAAAACCAAACGCUACAAGCACUGGCUGGCCCAGCAGCAGGCCCGGCUGGCGGCACAGAGGGAGACGCUGCUCUGAGCCGGGGGGGCCCCCCAGGAUCCCCCCAGUGUGCCCGGCACCGGCUUGGUACCGGCAGGCACUGGGGGGAAUGGCGGGGGGGUUCCCCUGGCAUGGAUGGAGGGGGGUCCCCUGGGGCUGAGCUGUUUCUGUACCCACUAAAGAGCUGGGGGGGGGGGGGGGGGGGGCCAUGCGGGAGGGUUCCUGUACCCCCCCCGGCCCCCC